CAGAAACAGCUUCAUUUUAUAUUAAUAAAGACCCACAUCGAUCAUGAAUGACCAUGAGAUUGCACAUAGAAAGAUCCAAAGUUGCCCUCAGAGGUGCAAGUCCUGGCAGGGUUGUUUAUGGAAGACCUGCACCCGCCGCGCAUGUAUACCAGUCUCCCCUCGCUACGCCACUUAUGUUGUCCACGGGAAAGGCAAUGGUCGAUACAGCUUGGCACCAGUAACGUCGCAUCUCAUUUCUACAGCUGAGUGAAAUAGAACAAAUGAAAUAAAUGGUCUUGCUGAAGAACACAACACACAGACCAGUCUGGGAAUCGAACUCACUACCUCAUGAUUUAACCACUGAGCCAUGCACCUUCACUUUAUGUUAAUAUGCUCCUUGUAUCGAGCCAUUGUGAAUAAAAAAAAUUCUCCAGUAAUUUUCUUUCAAAUAAAUAAAAAUGUUUAUGUUAAUUUAAGAAUUUGCCAGCAAAAUCUUAUAAAAGAAAAAAAAUGAAAGUAAAAACAAUUCUCAAAAUAGAAAAAGACAAAAAAAUGAACAAAAUAAUUUAAUGAUUUCAGCAGUAUUUGAACGUAAUAAAUUAUGUUAGGGACACUUUACAACUAUCACCGGUGUCAUUGAAACAAGGAAAAAUUGAAUCUGUUUGUAAUUAUUUCAGCUAAUUAAUCUAUUUAUAUCAUAUAUUGUAAUUAUCUUUACUCUGAUCAUUCUUAAUUUUUCUGUUCCUCUUUAAGUCGGAAGAACUCGUUCCUUCGAUUGUCGCCUUGGAACAACAUUGUUCACUUCUAUGCGUGAUAAACUUUCCCGAUUUAUUAAGACUGAAAGUGCACACAUUUUCUUUCUCCUACAUCGAUUUUACACUGUCGUACCUUUUCUUGUUUACAGAUCUCUCCACUAUAACUUGUAGAAUAAUGCCAAUCUCAUAAGAACGUUUGUUACCAAUCGUAUAUGGAUGCUCUAUAUUUUAUGGACUACAGAAUAAUUAAAUUGUGAAUUAGUCAGUAAGAAACAGUGUAGCAGUGAGUAGAAAAAUGUAUCUACCUUGGAAAUAUUCCACACAUGUAAGCAGAGAUCUGCAAUAUCGAAAAGGACGAAGUGAGCGACGGUAGAUUAUAUCUAAAGACAAUUUUCAGCUUUUGAGAAUUCCUUGAUGAUUAAUAUGGAGAACGUUACACAGACGGGCAGAAAUGAGGAAGCUGUAUAUAACGAAACACUUUCUAAAGGAAGAUCGUUACAGGGAAAUAUUGAAUAUAGAUGUGAUGUUUGUAAGAAAACAUUAUCAUCAGAACAUGAAGUUUUGAAGCAUAAAGAAAUACACCAGAAUAAGAGGCCGUUCCACUGUGAAAUAUGUGGUAAAUGUUUCAUGAAGAAGCCUCUUCUUGUAUCCCACAUACGUAGUCAUACUGGAGGACGAUCCUAUCACUGUGAGAUAUGCGAGAAAUCGUUUCUUUCGAAACAUGAUUUGAACAGACAUAACAAAGGACAUACUGGAGAAAAACCUUUCCACUGUGAAAUUUGUGAGAAAUGUUUUCUUUUUAAAUACGAUUUAAACAGACACAAGAGAACUCAUUCUGGAGAAAAACCAUAUCAUUGUGAAGUGUGUGGGAAAUCCUUCUCUGACAGUUCUCAUCUUGUAGUCCACAAGCGUAGUCACACUGGAGAAAAACCAUAUUCUUGUAAUAUUUGUGGGAAAUCAUUCUCUGUUGGUGGGAGUCUUGUUAUUCACAAACGUAUCCACACUGGAGAGAAGCCUUUCCACUGUGAAAUUUGUGGGAAAUCUUUUCUUUGUAAUAGUUAUUUGACAAGACACAAACGGACACAUGCUGAAGAAAAACUCUUUUCUUGUGAAAUUUGUGGAAAAUUCUUUAUUAAUAAUUCAUGUCUUGUAAAUCAUAAACGAAUACACACGGAGGAGGAACCCUUCCACUGUGAGAUAUGUGGGAAGCAUUUCAUUAAAAACUUUCAUCUUGUAUCCCACAAACGUAGUCACAGUGGAAAACAACCCUUCCACUGUGAGAUUUGCGGGAAAUCGUUUUUUACUAAAAAUUGUUUAGACAGGCACAACAAAACUCACACGGGGGAAAAACCCUUUCGUUGUGAAAUCUGUGGGAAAUGUUUUAUUUCUAAAAGUCAUUUAAAUUUGCAUCACAAAACACAUACUGGGGAAAAACCAUAUCAUUGUGAUAUAUGUAGUAAAUCUUUUCUACAUCAAUAUAAUUUAAACAGGCACAAGAGGACUCAUUCUGGAGAAAAACCUUAUCAUUGUGAAGUGUGUGGUAAAUCGUUCUCUGACAAUUCUUCUCUUGCAGUCCACAUGCGUAGACAUGCUGGAGAAAAACCAUAUUCUUGUAAUAUAUGUGGGAAGUCCUUCACUGUCAGUACAAGUCUUGUUAUCCACAAACGUAUUCACACUGGAGAGAAACCUUUCCACUGUGAAAUUUGUGGGAAAUCUUAUGUUGAUAAUAGCUAUUUGACAAAACAUAUACGUUGUCACACAGGAGAAAACUCUUUUCACUGCGAAACCUGUGGGAAAAGUUUUAUUGAUAAUAGCAAUUUGAUAAAGCACAAACAAACACACACGGGAGAAAGACCUUUCCACUGUGAAACCUGUGGGAAAUGUUUUACCCGGAGUAGUAAUUUAAUCACACACAAACGAAUACAUACUGGAGAUAAACCCUUCCACUGUGAAAUAUGCGGAAAGUCUUUUAUAAAUAAUUCUAAUCUUGUUUUCCACAAACGUAGUCACACUGGAGAAAAACCGUUUCAGUGUGAAAUGUGCGGAAAAUCUUACUCUGGUAAUUCUUGUCUUGUAGUCCAUAAACAACUACACACUGGAGAUAAGUCCUAUGACUGUGAAAUUUGCGGAGAUUGUUUCAAUCAGAAAUGUAAGUUGACUGUACAUAAACGUAGUCACACGGGAGAGAAACCGUUUCAUUGUGACAUUUGUGGCAAAUGUUUUAUGAAGAAGAGUAAUUUAUCAACACACGAACGGAUACAUACGGGAGAAAAACCUUACCUCUGUGAAAUAUGUGGGAAAAAUUUCGUUCAGAAAUCGAAUCUAAUUGUUCACAAAAUGACACAUUCUGGAGAGAAACCUUGGCACUGUGAAAUAUGUGGAAAAGCUUUUGCGAAAUAUAGCUGCUUAGAUACUCACAAAUCAGUGCAUACAGGGGAGAAACCGUGGCAGUGCGAAAUAUGUGGGAAGAAUUUUGUUGCUAAAAGUGAUUUUACGUCUCACAGACGAAUCCACACGGGAGAAAAUCUGUGUUAUUGUGGAAAGUGCGGAAAAUCGUUUAUAACUAAUGGUCACUUGAAGAAACACAUGAUGAUGCAUUCUGGAGAAAAACUAUUUAACUGUGAAAUCUGUGAGAAGUCUUUUGUCUCCAAUAGUACUUUAAACAGACAUAAGAAGAUACAUAAUGGGGAGAAAGCUUUUCGUUGUGAAAUCUGUGGGAAAUGUUUUGUUUCUAACAGUGAUUUAAAGAAACAUAGAAGAAUUCAUACUGGGGAAAAACCCUUUAGAUGUGAAGUAUGUGAGAAGACAUUCUCUGAUAAUUCUAAUCUUGUCAGUCAUGUACGAAGUCAUACUGGAGAAAAACCUCAUCCUUGUGAUAUCUGUGGGAAAUCUUUUGGGACGAACAGAAACUUAAAAAGACACAAACAAAUACAUGCAAACAGAAAGACUUUAAACAGUGGAACAUGAUUAAUCUGAAAUCUGUUUCUUUCAAAUCUAAGUUUGUCUAUCAUGAUAUAUACAUUGCAGGAUGUUGUAUCUUGACGAAAUAUGUUGAAAAUCAUUUCAUUGAAUUUUCAUCUUUCUUGUUUGCAAAUCUGCUCUUGUUUAAGACAAACUCUUCCACUAAAUUAUUGUUAUAUUUUGGGUGAGGAUGGGAUGGGGGAAGAAGAAAGACCAUCCCAAAAUAUAACGUCUUUUUCAAACACAUGAUUUCACAUCAGGACUCUUGCAACACAAAUGCAUAAACAUAAUCUUCCACUAAGAUAUUAAAAUAUUUGGGAAAUCCUUAUUUGUCAAUUAUAAUUUUUUUUUGAAAUGAACAUAAGCUUUAUUUAAUUACAAUUCAUUUACUAGGAAACAAAGAAACAGUGAAAGAAAAAAGUGUCGGGAGAUUAAACAGCAGAAAGUGGAGAAGGUGAGGGCAACGGGCCACAUAUCCUCAGAACAAAUGGUGUGCCCAACCACACCUCAAGGUCAUGACUGUGGUGCUGUUGCUCUGGAGAAUGGCCAACAAUACUCACUGCAGCAGCCACUCCACCUUAUGGGUCUCAUUUCUCAGAUGAGGCACCAUUAUCCCUCUUUUGCAGAGGAAAUUGAUAAUGUGUGUGUGUGUGGCGGGGGAUGUGAACAUUUGAAGUCUUGAUAAUGACUGGCACAAACUGGCAGGGGCCAAUCAGGCCCCUUUAUUUAAUUUUACUGCUGACAAAUGAAUAAAAAUUGGACAAGAAAAGAAAACUACCAUCAUCAUCAUUUAAUGUCCAUUUUCUGUAGGUUGGAUGGUUUGACAGGAGCUGCCCAGGCUCCAUGUUUGUUUUAGCAUGGUUUCUAUGGCUAAAUGCUCUUCCAAAUGCCAACCACUUUACAGAGUGUACUAGGUGCUUUAUGCAACACUACCAUGGGUGCUCUUGUGUGGCACUGGCACUCACAAGCCUGCAAGAUCAGGAAUGCUCAGCUGAAGAAGGAUGCAAGAACAACAACCAUGUAUUUACUUAGCUUAACUUGUCUUCUCAAGCACAGCAAACUACAAGAAGUCUUGGUCCCCCUUGUCAUGCCCAAACAUCUACAGAUCCUUUCUCACCACUUCGUCCCACAUUUUCCUGGGUCUACUCCUUCCACAUGUUCAUUCCACAAAGCUCAGCACUUCUUUAUGCAUUUUCUGUCAUUCGUGUGUGUGGGGGAUUAUUCUUUGUGAAUUAAGAUAUUUGUACUUGGCAGUUAUAUAUAUAAAUAUGUAUAUAUAUAAUAACAAUUUAACAAAUAAAACAUAUGCAUACAUACAUACAUAUAUGUACAUACCUACAUCUAUAUAUAUAUAUAUA